CAUACCUCAUAUUCAGGCCCAUCUUGAUCUAUUUUGGAUCCUGAUUUUAUUUUGAUAGGAUUAACCAGCUUUCCAGUAGGGUCCAUCAAAUAUACUGGACUUCUUGUGGAGGGGUUACCUGAAAAUUGAGGUCUCAAGGAUUAGACUCCCUCCACCUUCCAUGAAGGUUCUAGGGACUGGGGCCACUGAAAUUGGGCAGCCCCCAAACCCACAACUCAAUCAUUACUUCAAAGAGGACACAUUCAGGAGCCCCAGCAUUUGCUGGAAUGUAAACAGAACAGGACUGAAGGCAUUUUGGGUCUCAUAGUGGCACUGUGGGCUUGUGCCUGUCUUUUUGAGAAUGUGAUUCUGUAUAUGUAUGUGUAUGUUUAUGUGUGUGAGUGAUAUAACUAUAUAUAAUGGCUUUGAGUGGGGUAUAUAUGUAAAAGAAACUCUUAUCAGUGCCUGUCUAUAUGGGAACCCAAUUAUGUGCAUGUAUUAUAUGUUCUGGGGUGGGUCUCAUGAGCACUGAGGCUCCACCAAUUGUCAUCUACCCUCUGGAUGGGAAUAUGGGGUGUCUGGGCCAUGAAGAUAGGAGAGUUCUUUCUCUGUAGGAUAUCAGAGUAAAUAGGGUGAGACUUGCAUUAACCUCUGCUAUGUUCUUAAUUAAUCCACUGAGACCCAGAGCUUCAGUUACCCAUGUCUGAAGUGAGGUUGAGCCAGGUACAGUGGCCCAUAACUGUAAUCCCAAUGACUUGAGAGAAUGAGGCGGGAGGCUUGAAAGUUCAAGGCCAGCCUCAGCAACUUGGUGAGACCCUGUCUUAAAAUAAAAAGGACUGGGGAUGUAGCUUGGUGGUAAAGCACCCCCAGGUUCAAUCUCCAGUACUAAAAAAUUAAAUAGUGAGGUUGAUGAUUCCUGUCAUACUCCUUUUCCAGGGCUAGUGUAGAGCUCUAGAUAUUGCAAAGAUGAGAAAGUAGUUUGGGGAAUGUGAAGGGUGAGGGUCAGGAGAAUGAGGAAGAAGAGAUUGUUAGAGAGGAAGGCGGGCAGGAGAUGAAGUUAUCCUUGGGACUCUAGGUGAAAAACCAGGGCCUGAACAUGGACUCUUGGGCUAGUUUCUGAGAGAGUUUUGAAGGCCCUCAGCUAACUUCCUUUAUAGGAAGUUGUGGACCUAAAAGAGCAUCUGCUUCAGAGAAAGAGGAAGAAGUAGCAGAGAGGUCUGGUUAGGAGUUUGGGAUGGAACCCACUUCUUUUGUUCAUAUGACAUGAAGUUUUCCCUCAGAUUUGUCAGUGGAUAGGCAUGAGUCUUUGAGUAUAGGCACUUAGUCUGAUGAGACCUGUUGCUAGGAGCUAUCAGAAGGAAUAGGACUGGAAGGAAAAGGAGUGACCAGGUGAUCUGAGGGAGAGGAUUACUCUUUUCUUUUCUUUUCUUUUCUUUUUUUUUAAAGAGAGAGUGUGAGAGAGAGAGGGAGAAGAGAGAGAGAAUUUUUCAGUAUUUAUUUUCUAGUUUUCGGCGGACACAACAUCUUUGUUUGUAUGUGGUGCUGAGGAUCGAACCCGGGCCGCACGCAUGCCAGGCGAGCGCGUUACCGCUUGAGCCACAUCCCCAGCCCCAGGAUUACUCUUUUCUGACUUAGUGCUUGUUUCAGAUAAUGCAUCAGUGUUCCCAUUACUCUGGCCAACUCUAGUUCAUCCAGCAGAACUCUACCAAGAUGUCUUCUCCUCCAGAAAGCCUUCCCUUUGGGACAAACUUAUAACUCCCUUUUCUGGGUGCUUACAGUUCCCUGUGUUAUCUUUCAUAUACUUAUAUAUUUGUGUCUAUCUUCCACACCAGACCAGGAUCUCCUUGAGGGUAGAUAAUGCAUCUGAGUCAGAAUGUAUUUGUUGAAUAAAUGGAUAGGACCCCCCCAACCUAAUGCCACAGGAAAAGGAAGACGUGGUAUAAAGCAGUCAUAGUCUAAAAAAAAUAUAUAAUAUUUAUACAACAUAUAGCAUUAAACUGAGUAGGCUGUUUGCACUGACACUUGUGGCUGGCCCUGAGGGCUAAUAGGAUAGAUAACCUCAGCAUACUUUGUAUACCUGUUACCUACUCUUGGCAUACCUGUUGGGAAACUAAGGCAUAGGUAGUUGUUGAAGGUUACCUGGUCAUCUGGAGCAGUAGUAGGCCUGUUGGAUCCCACUUUUCAUAUAUGCUUUGGAUUUCCCAUCUGGAAUAUUCCAGGAGCCAAGCCUGGUGGCGCAUGCCUGUAAUUCCAGCAGCUCAGGAGGCUGAGUUAGGAGGAUCACCAGUUCAAAGCCAACCUCAGCAAAAGCAAGGUUCUAAGCAACUCAAUGAGUCCUUGUCUCUAAAUAAAAUACAAAAUGGGGUUGGGGAAUGUGGCUCAGUGAUCAAGUGCCCCUGAGUUAAAUCCCCACCAAAAAUAAAUAAAUAAAAAUAAGAAAAAUAAAAUAAAGAAAUGAAAAUGGCUAGGAAUGUAGCUCAUUGUUAAAACUCCCUUGGGUUCAAUUCCUCAAUACCUCCCCCACCCCCAAAAGUAGAAUAUCCCAGGAAUGGCCAAACCAAGGAGUGAAGAAAGCAACCUAGCACAACACAUCUAUAAUUAACAACUUUUCCUCUGCUUGCACAUGCCCUGUGAUGGGGCUUCCUUCAUUUUCAGGUAACCUUUUCUAAGGCGGCUUAGAAGUAACAGUCUCUCUCUCCUCUCUCUCUCUCUCUCUCUCUUUUUUUUUUUUUUUGGUACCAGGGAUUGAACCCAAGGGCACUUGACUACUGAGCCACAUCUCCAGCCCUUUUUUAUAUUUUAUUAGAGAUAGGGUCUCAUUGAAUUGCUUAGUGCAUCACUAAGUUAUUGAGGCUGGCUUUGAACUAGUGAUUCUCCUGCCUUAGCUUCCCUAGCUGCUGGGAUUACAAGUAUGUGCCACUGCACCUGGCAACAAUCUCUUUCUUAUAAUGAGCAUAGGAUUUUUUUUUUUUCUUCUUUUUUCCUUUCUGUAAGUCUCUAUCCUGACCCUAGCUCUGCUUUGAUAGCCAUGGAACUACUCUCUUAUUUUGGCUUUAAGUCAACCUGCAGAGAUCGAGAAGACAACAGUGGGGCUGUGUCGUGUAUGUGUGUGGUGCUAGGUGCUGGUAAUUGAACUCAGGGGCACUCUGUCACUGAGCUACAUCCCCAGCCCUUUUUAAAAUUUUUUAAAAAUUUGAGACAGGGUCUCACAAAGUUGCUAAGACUAGCUUUGAACUUCUGCCUCACCCUCCUGAGUCGUUGGAAUUAUUGGAGUGUGCUAUAAUCCUGGCUCCUUAGGAGGUCUUUUUAGAUAGCAUAACUAUAGUUUCUUCAGGCAACACACACAGGACGUGGCCUCUAGGCUUCUCCCCACCUUGAACAUACCCUUGGAUUUGACCUAGUUGAAACCUGCAUGCAUCCCUGGUUACAACCCUCAGAGAGGUCCCCACCCCCACCCCGGCAAAGAAGCUGCAGUGGACUGACCUCAGCCACUAUCACUUCUUAACCGUUGCAGAGUGUUCCGGGAUUUAUGAUGUGGCCUUGUUGAUCCUGGGAAGGCUGUGUGCCUGGGCAGCUGUGGAGAACUAGGCUCUGUGGGCGGGAGGGCAGGCCCUGAGGAGCUAGGGGUGGGACCCUCCUGUCUUAGAGCAGUCUCAGUCUGGCUAGAGCCCUCAACUCAAGCCCCGGAUUCUUCAGCACCCAGUGUGAGUGUUGCUUAGUGAGCCCCCACCCCUACCCCAUCCCUGAUGAGUAGCUGGACUAGUAGACUGGGGUCUCCUUAAUGAAGGGAAGUAUAAGUCCCCAGGGGAGAUCUGAUCUUAGGCCUUUUACAAAGCCAUCUCUGUCUGCCUCAGAAGGGAGCCAGCUUGAGGGGUCAUGGUGGUGGGGCAUUAGCAGGUGCAGGGAGGGAUAGGGAGAGGUAAAGCCCAGCUCUCUGGGUUUUUGUCUGACCUGGACAGAAUCUUCCUGGGUCUGGCUCAGCACAGCAGGCUGAUGCUGAGUGGAGAAAGUUUCUAUGACCCUCAGAUUCCCCCAUCUUUGGAUUGGGUGACGUGGUCUUCUUAGAUGGGGAGAUGGGAGUUUGAACCUUCACAAGAACCCUGAUAUUCUGAGUUCAGGGUGCUGAUGGCCUGAGGCUUUGCUCAUUCAGAGCCUGGGGGUGGGAGGUCUGGUAGCCUAUGGCCCCACUGAAAUAGGUUCUAGACACUCCCAUUGUUCCUAGUUGAACUUGGGUGAGGAGGAGGAAUGUGGUCAGACGGGGUGAGUGGGAGGGCUUUACCAGUUCAAGCCAAAGGUUCUUUGUCCAGGUUACUUGGCUUGAAGGAGGUCUUGAUGUAGAGCCUUAAGCUGUCCAGUGGCAAGAGAUCUUAGUCCUAGUGUUUGAUCCUGUAUAGUUCUGGACCUCAGUCUUUCCUUCUGUGGGAUGGGAAUAAUAACCUUUCUACUUCUGAUCCUUCUCCUUAGUGACUGUGAGGUCGUGAGAGUGAGGAUGUUCUCUGCGGCCUCCCAGCCCUUGGACCCCGAUGGGACUGUGUUCCAGCUCCGCUUCACAGCCAUGGUCUGGUGGGUCAUCACUUUCCCUGCGUUCGGCUUCUUCUUCUGCAUCAUCUGGUCCCUGGUGUUCCACUUUGAGUACACAGUGGCCACUGACUGUGGGGUGCCCAAUUAUCUACCCUCGGUGAGCUCAGCCAUCGGCGGAGAGGUGCCCCAGCGCUAUGUGUGGCGCUUCUGCAUUGGCCUACACUCAGCACCCCGCUUCUUGGCGGCCUUCGCCUACUGGAACCACUACCUCAGCUGUGCCUCCCCGUGUCCUGGCUACCGCCUGCUCUGCCGCCUCAACUUUGGCCUCAACGUCGUGGAGAACCUCGCACUAUUAGUGCUCACCUAUGUCUCCUCCUCUGAGGACUUCACCGUCCAUGAAAAUGCUUUCAUUGUGUUCAUCGCUGCUUCCCUCGGUCACAUGCUCCUCACCUGCAUUCUCUGGCGGCUGACCAAGAAGCACACAGUAAGUCAGGAGGUACGGUCUACCCUACUUGGCUCCACGGGGCCCAGAAGAAAAUCAAGAACAUCUGUCCUCAGGAUGCUGGAUCGCAAGUCCUACAGCUGGAAACAGCGGCUCUUCAUCAUCAACUUCGUCUCCUUCUUCUCGGCACUGGCUGUCUACUUUCGACACAACAUGUAUUGUGAGGCUGGAGUAUACACCAUCUUUGCCAUCCUGGAGUACACUGUCGUUCUAACCAACAUGGCAUUCCACAUGACAGCCUGGUGGGACUUCGGGAACAAAGAGCUGCUCAUAACCUCUCAACCAGAGGAAAAGCGAUUCUAACACCUCUGCUGCUGGGAGAAAGUAGCCCACUGCCUAGAAACAAGAAACCACUCUGGCCUUCCCCAUACCCGUGUCCUCCUGGGUCCUUCUGAAAUGGGGGAGAGGGAAGAAGGGCAUAGGACAAGGCUGACCCCAGCAUCUCUGGCUUCUCCUCCUCAACCCUCACACAGCCACAGGGGCCUUCAAGUAACGUCAGUCUAAACUGACAGGCCCCAAGAAGCUGAGCUGGAAGGAGAGCUCCACCACUUGGUGCUAAAAAAAGUUCAGAGGUUUAUGACCACCAUCCAAUUUUUGGCUUAUACCUAGCCACCUCUCACUGAGGUUAGGGACUGCUGAGCAGUGGCUGCAGCUUCAAAACCAUAGCCAUUUCUCUCCAGGUCAUUCACUUGACUAGAACCUGAUAAUCUUCCAUGCAUAUUUAGGCCUGUGGCUGUAGUCCCCUGCUGGGUUUGCCCAGGUGUUUUAGUCCUGACUUCACUUCUUUAGUCUGGUGUGGGCCCUAAGGUUUGUAUCCUUACCUAUCUGAGCCUCAGUGUGUCCAUGUGUAUGAUGGGGGGAGGUGGCAGUGUGUGAUCUCCAAUGGCUCUGCCAGUGUGCUUCUGACAUCAUCUGAUGGAAGUGGUCUAUACCUGAAGGAUGACCUGUUCCAGAAAAAGCACCAGCACGGCAUGUGUUUCUCUUCCCUUCUGAAAUCACUAGCCUAUAUACCCUUCCUCCUUGCAAAGAUAUGGGGUAGAGGGAUCAAGAGGCACAGUUCCCUACCACAACACAGGCUCCCUGGUGUAUAACUCCCUAUUACCCCAGACCCUGAGCUCUUCUGGUUGUACAUUUUAUUUCAAAUGAAAAUAAAAUUUUUUUUUCUUUUGCCAACAA